CGGCCCCAUAUCUUAGUCCAGGUUAUGUUAUCAUAUAUCUCAGCUAUUCUAAGGAAUUGUUAUUAGUGAAAUUAAAUGUUUUUAGAGAUUACUAAAAAUGUUAAACAAUUCUUAUAAAAAUUAUGUGAUGUAACUUUUGUAGUCAGAUAUCUUUUAAGUGUUUUUUUUUCAUAAUAUAAAAUGAGUUGCUUGAAGCAUUCUUCACUUUUCCAUACUUUUUUAAGAACCAUAAAAAACCAUGUUAAAUUUUCUACUUCUGCACAAACAACUGAAAUCUCUUCACAGGAGCACUCUCUUCCUCUCGUAACCAGAAAUUUGAAAUUUCUAAACCAGUAUGAACCUCCUAGACAAGCUUGGUAUGAGAAUCUUGAUUCAUUGGAAGAAAAAAAAUUGGGUAUUGUUGAUCUCCAUCCUGAUGUUUUUGGUGUUAUGCCUAGAAUUGACAUUAUUCAUGAAAAUGUCCUUUGGCAAAAAAAUUACAAGCGUGUGAGUUAUGCUCAUACUAAAGUCAGAAGUGAAGUUCAAGGUGGUGGAAGAAAACCUUGGCCCCAGAAAGGACUCGGGAGGGCACGACAUGGUAGCAUCAGGUCUCCAUUGUUCAAAGGAGGUGGUGUCGUUCAUGGUCCCAGGUCUCCUACGAGUUACUUUUAUAUGUUACCAUUUUUCAAAAGAGUAAUGGGGCUAACUUCAACUUUGUCCAUUAAGCAUGCUCAGGAUGAUUUGCACAUUGUAAAUAACUUAGAAAUACCUACCGAUGAUCCUAAAUUCUUACAAGAUUUGAUAGAAGAACGAAAUUGGGGUGUGUCUGUUCUGUUUGUAGAUGUACCUGAUAUGAUGCCAAGGAACAUUACUGUUGCGACCGACAGUAUCAAGGAAAUGAACUUAAUGCCUGUUUAUGGUCUCAAUGUUUAUAGUAUGCUCAAACACGAAACACUUGUUUUGACUUUAAAUGCAGUUGAAAAAAUUGAAGAAAGGAUUCUUUUGCAACUUCAUCGACCUGAUUAUAGCAAGAAGAUGCUGAAAUUCAGAGUUAGCCAGCAAUAAUUGAACAUUAUUAAUGUUACUGUUAUAAAUAGUAAUUAAAACAUAAAUAUAAUAUUACCAUAAAUUAUUAUUUCUAUUUGUUUUCCUAUCCACCAAAAAUAAUAUAUAUGGUCACCUUUUGAGAAUACUACAUUUAUUUCAGUCUGUAAUAAUUUAAUAAUAAUAAUUUAUUAUUUAAUAACUCAAAGAUAUAAAAAUAAUAGGAUAAACUGUAGUGUUCUUGAGAUCAGUGUGUUUCAUACCUUCCGACUAACAAUUUUGUUAAGAGUAAGUUCAAGAUUUAUGUUAUCCCAUCUGUGUUGUUAUCUUUAUAGUUAAUAAAGAUUUUAGAAUUUUUCUGA